UCGUCCCAAAUUCUGACUCCGUUCUUCCGUCUCGACCGACGGCGCACUCUAACCAGAUAACUGACUCAACUCGCCGGGAAACCGAUCUAACUAGCCGGAAAAUGAAGUUUCCGGCCAUUUCUGUGACGGGUGAAUCACUGAUCCUCACGAUCCUUUGCCGGAAAGAAGCCGGAGGCCGACUUGCUUUAGAAGAGAUCCGAAGUUAUUCCAAGCUGGCUAAGAAAUUCCAGGAAAUGAUGGUGUAACGGUCGCCGGAAACGUAUCGGAUUUCGUAAUUUCGCUCAUUUUAAACAUCUGCUGCGGAUUCCGCCAUUUUCCUGAGGAUUUGUGUAGGAUCGGACGGUUUUGGGGAUUUUGAUGAGUGUAGAGGAUGAUCAGAGAGAUCAAUGGCUUUUUCGUGUUUUGGAGCUUCUAGUUUAGGAAUCGUUUGUGUAAUUGUAGAAUUAAUAUACGUGAUUUAGGUAUCCGGCCUUGAUUCUAGGGUUUUUUUUUUUUUUGGUUUGUUUUGUACAUGGAGGUUUAGAGGUUCGGUGGUUUGAAUUUCGGUUUGAUUUCUCGUGUUUGUGCUCCUAUUUCAUGAAAAUGGAGAUAUAGAGUUAGAUGAGAAGGAAUUGGAGAUUUCCAGUUUUCGGAUUUUGAUCUCACUAACCAUGCCUUUUCCGAUGAAGAUCCAGCCGAUCGAUCCUUCCUCUGCUUUGAAGGGAUCGAUCAGGACCGAUCCAGCUGCGAAACCUGUUGUGAAAUCGCGACUCAAGCGGCUCUUUGAGAGGCAAUUCCCGAGUGUUUUGAGGAUUUCAUCUACCGAUAAGCUUGGCGGCGGCGAGCAGCAGCAUUGCAGCAAAGAGAGUAGCAGUGGCGUUGGUGGCGGCAGCGAUUUCGAGCCGAGCUCUGUUUGCUUGGACAAGAUGGUGCAGAAUUUCAUAGAAGAAAGCAACGACAAGCAGACGGCAGCGAAAUGCGGCCGGAAUCGAUGUAAUUGCUUCAAUGGGAACUGCAAUGACAGCUCCGAUGACGAAUUUGACUUCUCCGGCGGCAGUGGCGAUGGUCAGAUUGCUCCGGCAGCUGGCGAGGCCUGCGAAAUCCUCAAGAGCCUGGUGCCUUGUGCAACCGUAUCGGAGCGAAAUCUCCUAGCUGAUACAGCAAAAAUCGUUGAGAAGAACAAAAUCUGCAAGCGCAAAGACGAUUGCAGAAAGAUCGUUACGGACGGCCUCGAAUCUCUUGGAUACAACGCUUCUAUUUGCAAAUCCCGCUGGGAGAAAUCCCCAUCUUUUCCUGCUGGAGAAUACGAAUACAUAGACGUGAUCGUAGAAGGAGAGCGCCUUCUAGUCGACAUCGACUUCAGAUCGGAAUUUGAGAUCGCUAGGUCAACAAAGAACUACAGGGCAAUCCUCCAAUCUCUACCGUCGAUCUUCAUCGGAAAGCCCGAUCGCCUUAACCAAAUCGUAGCCGUCGUUUCCGAAGCUGCGAAACAGAGCCUGAAAAAGAAGGGCCUGCAUUUCCCCCCGUGGAGGAAACCCGAGUACAUGAGAGCAAAAUGGCUCGCUCCGUACCAGCGCAUGAAACCGAUGGAAGUCAGCGAUAACGAGAGCGAGAACUCACCGUGUCUGAUCAAAACCCGCAAUUUCUCAGGCGAGUUCGAGCUGAUCGUCGGCGAGAAGAACUCGGGCUCGCCCGGGAAUAAAGAUCCCAUCGUCUGUGGGUCAGAUACCGAGGGGGAUUCCGGCGUUGGGGAGGAGAAGAUAACGGUCGUGGUGUCCCCGUGGCAGCCCCCGGCAAUCAAGCCGCGAGUCUCUGGAGCUAAGAUCGUUACUGGUUUAGCUUCUGUUCUGAGAGAGAAACCCUAAUUUCUGAUUUUGAUUUUUUUUCCUUUUUCCUGAGAAAUUAAAAUCUCGUAUAACGUUUUAAUCCCCUCCUAUCCCUUCUUUUUUUUUUCUUCAGCAAGGGUUUGUAAGAAGGAAAGCUACUGAUAUAUGAUAAAUAAUAAAUAAUAAUAACAAUAAUAAUAUAAUAACAGCGGAAAUUUCAUAA